AUGGGGAAUUUUCCGGAAUCAGGGAUUUUGGUGGAGGCCGAGGAGUUCGACGACUUUGGUGGUUGGGUCCUGGACUCCCAGUUCGACCUGGAGAUGGGCUCACCUUACUUGCUGGCUCAUGGGAACGGCAGGCCGGUCACAGAUGCCACAACCGUAAUUUCCAUCCCGGAGGCUGCGAAAUACAACAUCUGGGUUCGCGCAAAGGAUUGGGUCCCGGGCCAUCAUCCAGGAAGGUUCACGCUUGCGGUCAACGGAAACACUUUGAGGACUGUGUUUGGAGCAAACGACCUGGACUGGUCUUGGCAGUACGGAGGUAACAUGGAGCUUCCACUAGGUAAAAUAAAGCUCGUACUCCACGACCUGACAGGAUUUUGCGGACGCUGUGAUGCGAUUUUCUUCAGUCGUGAUGAUGUUGCACCUCCCCAGGCGACACACGCGGCAGCAAGGGCAUGGCGGCGCAAAUUCCGUGGACUCCCCCAGGACCCCGUCGACAUCGGCACCUUCGACCUUGUGGUCAUUGGAGGCGGAGUACCUGGGGUGGCCGCGGCUCUAACUGCUGCCCGGCUAGGGGAGCGUGUUGCGCUGGUUCACGAUCGGCCUUACCUUGGGGGCAAUGCUAGCGUGGAAAUUGGACUUCGCCCACGCGGAGUGACGGGGCCGCUGAUAGACGAGCUCUCACAGCGCAAACCUGAUGGCGAUCUCUACGCAAGUGAGUUGCUUGAUGCGGAAGAUAAUGCAACUGUCUUCCUGGAGUACGCUGUUUACAAUGUGGUGCAAAGGAACUCGACUAUCAUCUCGGUGGAUGCUCGCCAUGCCCGCAGCGGACGGGAGGUCCGCUUGACGGCGCCAAUUUUCAUCGACUGCUCAGGAAGAGCCAUCGUUGGGCUGCUCUCUGGCGCGGAGACUCUCUUCGGACAGGAGUCGCAGUCGGAGUACGGCGAGAAGCUCGCCCCAGCAGAUGGCAACAACAUGCACCACGGCAACACUGUGUUUUUCCGGACGCGGAUGGCGCGCUCGCCUGUUGCCUUUCCACACGUUCCCUGGGCUACCGAGGUGGCCAAGGACUUCUCUGAUCUUGGUGGUCAGCUCACAAAGCCCGGUAUUGAAAACGGUCCCGGUCCUGCUGUCGCUCCGAGCUUUGUAUCUGAUCCAAACGUGCCCCGGCGAAUGACAAGGCCUCUCACUCACUUUUGGGAGUACGGCCAAUGGCUCGACCCCUAUACUCAAGGCGAGCAUAUUCGUGACUUCCUUCUUCGUGCCAUCUAUGGCACCUUCUCAAACGUCAAAACAAAGGAUCCUCGUACAUACGCCAACCUCGAGUUCGACUGGGUCGCCUAUGUCCCUGCACAAGGCGAAUUCCGGAGGUACAAGGGAGAUUAUGUCCUUACUGAGAACGACAUUCGCAAUCACAAGCGAUUCCAUGACGCAGUGGUGCAGAACGAGGGAGCAUUCUGUUUGCACUAUCCAGGCGACAAGAAGUACGACUUUCGUCUUAAGUGGUGGGAAUGGGAUGAAAGGGAUGGAAAGCCUUAUGAUAUCCCGUUCCGUUGCAUCUACUCUGUCAAUAUCUCGAAUUUGAUGAUGGCAGGAAAGCACAUGAGCGCAACUCAUGUUGCAUCGUCUAAUACCAAAUUCAUGGGAAAUGGUGGGCAGCACGCGAUCGCAACAGCAGCCGCGGCUCAUUUGUGCAAAAAGUACAGCACAACACCUCGAGGCGUCUACGAAAGCCAUCUUUCGGAGCUUCAAAGAAUCGCUGCGACCAUAACUGGCACUGAUUGUUCAUACCCCCGGAGCCACCUAUGA